UCCUAGUAAUUAGUGCCACCUAACCCACGUUCAUACACAGCAAGGAUUUAAAUAGCCAGCAUUACCAGCAAUGAUAAUAUGAGUCCCUGCAUAUAUCUAUAUAUAACAGAAAAACGAGUAUUUUGCAGUAACUUGAUUACCACUAAGUGUGAGUACAAGGUAUUAAUCGGUAUCGGCAGUGAAUACUUUGAGCUGACGAAAGAAAUAGUAGUUCAUACAUCGAUCCCAUCCCAUGGCAGGCAUAACUUCAAUUAUUGAAUCUUGUAGAAUCAAACGUAACCGCCCUGAAUACAUUCCGGGCCGCAUUCCGGACUCAACCUACGUGCGCAUCUUGGACACCACCCUCCGCGAUGGUGAGCAAGCCCCUGGCGCUGCAAUGACGCGUGACCAGAAACUCGAGGUUGCCCGGCAGCUCGUGAAGCUUGGCGUGGACAUCAUCGAGGCUGGGUUCCCUUCAGCGUCAAAGGAGGAUUUCAUGGCUGUGAAAAUGAUAGCUGAGGAGGUUGGCAAUUUGACUGAUGAUGAUGGGUAUGUUCCUGUCAUUGGAGGAGUGUGCAGGUGCAAUGAGAAGGAUAUUGCCACUACAUGGGAGGCUCUCAAGCAUGCAAAAAGGCCAAGGAUUCUUACUUUUAUAGCAACCAGCCCCAUUCACAUGGAGCUCAAGCUCAGAAAGAGUAAAGAUCAGGUGCUUGAGAUUGCACGAGACAUGGUGAAGUACGCCAGGAGUUUAGGUUGUACUGACAUCGGGUUUGCUGCUGAAGAUGCUGCAAGAUCGGACAGAGAGUUUCUUUAUCAAAUUUUGGGAGAAGUUAUCAAGGCUGGGGCAACAACUUUGACUAUCCCUGACACUGUGGGCAUAGCAAUGCCAUUUGAGUAUGGAAAACUGAUUGCGGAUAUAAAAGAAAAUACUCCAGGGAUAGAAAAUGCUAUCAUUUCAACCCAUUGCCACAAUGAUCUUGGACUUGCUACUUCUAACACCAUUGAGGGUGCUCGUUAUGGGGCAAGGCAAUUGGAAGUAACAAUUAAUGGUAUCGGUGAAAGGGCUGGUAAUGCUUCACUUGAAGAGGUUGUGAUGGCCCUCACAUGCAGGGGGAAUGAUAUCUUAGGCGGUCUACAUACUAGGAUUAAUACAAGGCACAUAUUAAAGACAAGCAAGAUGGUUGAAAAAUACUCUGGUCUACAUUUACAGCCUCACAAGGCUCUUGUUGGUGCUAAUGCUUUUCUUCAUGAAAGUGGCAUCCAUCAGGAUGGAAUGCUAAAACAUAGAGGUACAUAUGAAAUAAUAUCUCCUGAGGAUAUUGGUCUUGACAGAUCCGUUGGAGAUACUAUUGUAUUGGGGAAGCUUAGUGGGCGUCAGGCAUUGAGAAAUCGACUUGAAGAGCUCGGCUAUAAACUUAAGGAUACUGAAGUUGAGAGUGUAUUUUGGCAAUUCAAAGCAGUGGCCGAAACAAAGAAGAGAAUUACUGAUGCAGACCUCAGAGCUCUAGUGUCUAAUGAAGCAUUGGAUGCACAACCUAUUUGGAGGCUUGGUGAUUUGCAGGUGACUUGUGGAACUGUGGGAUUUUCAACUGCCACUGUCAAACUUUUCUCAAUAGAUGGAAGCAUGCAUUUUGCUUGUUCCAUUGGUACAGGACCCGUGGAUUCAGCUUAUAAGGCUAUUAAUCACAUUGUCAAGGAACCGGUAAAACUUGUCAAGUACACACUAGGUGCAAUCACAGGAUGCAUGGAUGCAACUGCUACUACAAGUGUUGAAAUUUCCCAUGAAGAUAUGAAUCAUCCAAUAUUCAGUGGGACUGGAGGUGGAACAGAUGUGGUUGUUUCUAGUGUUGAGGCUUAUCUUUCAGCAUUAAACAACAUGUUACGUUUCUACCAAUGAUUCAUAUCUCCUACAAGAAAUCCGAUUUCUGAAUAAUAAAGUCGACAAUUUGUAUUAAUGUUGUAGGCGUACUCAGCUAAACAAACAGACUCAUAAGUUUGUUAAUAAUUUCAGAUUCAAAUCUGUUCCCAUUUUGUAAUAAAAUUAUCUUAUGAUUCAA